AUGAUUUCGUAAAAAUAGCAAGCCUGCUGACUGUUGAUUGCAAUAAUGAAUGUAGCCUAAGCCUGAAGCUUAACCCUUAUGAUGAUAGUUAGCUAAUAGCUAUGACUUUUGAAAGCAGGCUGGUAGUCAGCUUGGUAACGAUUAGUUACCGGAGUGUAACUCCAGUUCUAUGAGUGGAGCGGAGCCCCAUAGGGGAGCUCUGCUCCUAGUGGUUUACCCUCUGCCCUAAGGCAGCAACAGCCUGAAGCAAAAUUAUGCACACACCUGCAGCCAAUAGGAGUACAGGUGUCCCUAUAAGAGGGGACGCCUCCCCUCAAUCAGCCUCCCGAGAUAUUUAUCUUCAGCGAGACUAGAGAGGGUCGGCAGGGCCUUAAGUCCUAUGGGGCUCCGCUCCACUCAUAGAACUGGAGUUACACUCCGGUAACUAAUCGUUCUAUAUCGUGGAGCUCCGCCCCAUAGGGGAGCUCUGCUCCUAGUGGUUUAAGGCGGAGCGUAGCGCUCCAAAAUGUACUCCCUGCCGAGCCUAACACUUCCCAUUAAAAAAUGAAAAGGUCAAGCCUAGCAAUGGCCGCAACCAAUUGCCGCAGUACUGCAACUAAAAACCCCUACGGGCGUCACAAUAUACCGCGUCAUCGGUUAAAGACCCGCCCCACCUAGUUCAAUGGCAAUGCCAAUGACUAGUGGGCAGAUCACCAGAAUAGAAGCUACACUAAUCUGUACUAGCAGAUAGAUGUGCCUCAAUAUCCUGUGAAAACACCACCGACCACUAAUGGAAUGACACCAAGUGUCACUCUACAUUAUGUGCACAGUAGACCGCCUCACUCACUCAAUGGAAUCCCAGAAAUUAGUAGGCAGGAACAAAAUAUAAGUCAUACUAAACUGAACAAUCAGAUAGAUGACCUCACAUUCUGUCAAUUCAAUACAUGUCUCUACUAUACUGACCCUGUCAGUCAAGAGUCAUGCCACAAGAUAUGCUUUCCAUCCAAAGCGGACCUGAUAGAAACCUGUGUCCAUCGUCCUGCUUUUCUCUCUUCUAGCUCAAGAUUCCCCUUCAGCUAUGCUGAGUACAAUCGACCCAGAGAGAUAGAAAGCCUAUCUAUCAAAAAACAUGUUUUCCUAACCAAAGCGGACCUGAUGGACACCCAUGUCCACAGUCCUGCUUUUUCCCUCUCUUUCUUGCUCAAGAUCUCCUUUCAGCCACGCUGAGUACAGAUCGAGCCAAAGAGUUAGAAGGCAUAUCUAAUAGAUAGAAACAGAAUAUGUCUUCCUAACCAAAGCAGACCUGAUGGACACCCAUGUCCACAGUCCUGCUUUUUUUCUCUCUUUCUUGCUCAAGAUCUCCCUUCAGCCACGCUGAGUACAGAUCGAGCCAAAGAGUUAGAAGACAUAUCUAAUAGAUAGAAACGGAUAAAUGGAGACGGUGUCGACCAUGACGCUGCUCUACAAAUAUCCUCUACCCCUGUUCCUCUGAAGAGGGCAGUAGAAGCUGCUACUCCACAAGUGGAGUGAGCUCUGAUACCCUGAGGCAGUUGUCGCCCCGCUGCCUCGUAAGCUGUCUCAAUACCUUCACAAAGCCAAUGAGACAAUCGCUGUUUUGAAAGUGGUCUACCUAAUGCAGCCGCACCGUGACACACAAACAGCUGAGGCGAUGACCUAAUCGCUGCUGUGCGCUCAACGUAACACGCCAAAGCGCGCACUGGGCACAGACAAUGAAGCUUUUCCUCACUCCUCUCCCCAUGAGGAGGGGGAGAAAAAGCCCACAACUCCACGGUCUGUGAUCUAUAUGCACUGCUAAUAACCUUCGGCACAAACGCCGGGUUAGGACGUAACACCGCUCUGCUCAGAUCGCCAUUAAUGGCAAGGCAGUCGGGUCUCGUCGACAGGGCACACAAAUCACUGACACGCUUAGCGGUAGUCAAGGCGAGCAACAGUGCCGUCUUGAUAGACAACAUCUUGAGGGGUAUUUGAUUCAAUGGCUCGAACGGCGACUUACAUAGCGCUUCGAGUACCAAAGCCAAAUCCCACUGGGGCAGCGUGGCUCUAGGCAUUGGCCUAAGCCGCCGCGUUCCCAAUAAGAAACGUUUCACUAAAGGGUGGCUGAACACGUUCGUUCCGCCAAACCCCUCAUGACCAGCUGAAAUUGCCGCUGCAAACACUCUAAUGGUGGAGGGCGAUUUCUGCUUAUCAAACAUAAACUGCAGAAAAGAGAGCACACUCUCAACCUGACAGUUCAUGGGGUCCACACCUUGUGUGUCACACCAUCGUGAAAAAACGUUCCAUCUGCUGGUAUACAUCCUAGAAGUGGAACCGGCUCGUGCACCUUGUAUGGUUCUGAUCACUGCAUCAGAUAACCCACGGCGCUUCAACCUGUCCCAUUCAGGAACCAAGCCUUCAGUGGUUGGCCGAUUAUGGGCCACUGCCCUAUCGAGCCUCCCGCCUGGGUCAACGCGUCCCGUCGAUGUGGAAUUGGCCAAGGUGGCGCAAUCAACAUCUGACUCAUCUCCGCAAACCACGGAGCCCCCGGGCGAUCGGGCGCUAUCAGUAUCACUGACAGCCCCUCUGACCUCACCCUGGCUAGCAGUGGGAGAAUGCAAGACAGUGGAGGGAAUGCAUACAGGAGAACUUUCGGCCACGGGUAGUGCGCGAAUGCGUCUCUUCCCAGUGGUGGUUCGUCCUGUUCCCUCAGAGAGAACCAUAGGGGACAUUGCGCGUUCACGCGUGACGCGAACAGAUCCACCUCGGCUCUCCCGAACUGUUCCCAAAUUCGGAGAACAAUGUCCGGAUGCAGACACCACUCGUCGUCUCGAGGACCCCCUCUUGACAUGAGGUCUGCUCCUACGUUCAAGUAGCCCGGAAUGUGUGCUGCUCUCAACGAGCGAAGGUGCUUGUGAGCCCACAGCCACAAUUCCUCUGCCGCCCGGUGGAGGGCAGGUGACCUGACCCCUCCCUGGCGAUUUAUGUGAGCUACUGUGGUCCGGUUGUCUGACCAGACCAGCACAUCGCGACCCCGAAGGGUAGGCACGAAGUGGGUCAGAACCAGUCGAACCGUUUCCAACUCCAAGAGGUUUAUGUGACGACCUGAUUGAGGCCAUACACCUCCUAUCGCUUGAGUCUGACAUGUCCCUCCCCAUCCAGUCAGAGAAGCAUCUGUAAAUACUGGAAUGUAGGAUGACACCUUGCCCAUCGGGACUCCGUGCGUGAGAACGCUCGGAUUCCUCCAAUAGUCCAGGUCUGCUCUUAGCGAGAGAGGAACCACCACCAACCGAUGACGUUGACGCACUGGGUCUAGUCUUAGUUGGGCGAACCAUCGCUGUAUUCUGCGCAUGUGCAGGAGUCCCAGCGGUACCACAGAGUGGGCUGACGACAUGAGACCCAAAAGUGACAUGAUCGACAGCGCCGUCACUGUGUGAUUCGGACAACACUUCCUCAGGGCUAGCAACAAUGCUACCCUUCGAGGGUCCGAAAUUCGAGCCCUCAUCAUUACAGUGUCUAGCUGUAGCCCCAGGUAGACAAUCUGAUGACUGGGCCAGGGUGCGCUCUUUUUCCAAUUCACAGCGAACCCCAGACGCGUGAGAUGAAUCACUGUCUGUGUUGUGUGAAUGAACGCCAGCUCUGCUGACGGGGCGAGAACCAGUAGGUCGUCUAGGUAGGCUAAUAGCCUUAUCCCUUGACGACACAGCGGUUCCAAUGCCGCCUCCACACAUUUGGAAAACGUUCGAGGUGCCAGGGCGUACCCGAAUGGCAUCCUCGUGAACUCGUACGCCACCCCUUGAAAGGCGAACCGCAGAAACUUCCUGUGACGCGAUUGUAUCGGCACAUGGAAGUACGCGUCCUUUAGGUCUAUGCUUGUACAAAAGUCUCCUUUCUGGACACAUUCCAGUAGACGUUUUGUCGUCAGCAUUCGGAAGGGCCGUUUGGUUAUGCUCUCGUUGAGAGUGCGUAAAUCCAAAAUCGGCCUGACUCCCCCCGUCUUUUUGGGCACUAGGAAAUAAGGCGAAUAUAGCCCUUUGUUCCUUUGCUCCCGGGGAACUACUGUGACCGCCUCCUUCGCCAAAAGUUCCGUAAUCUCUGACAUCAGAGCGGCCACUUUGUCCGGCGUUUUCAUCACCGUCUCCACCACUCCCCUGAACGGGGGUGGGGUUCGAUGGAAUUGGAGGGCAUAACCCUUCUGCAACGUCUGUUCUAGCCAGCGUGAGAGGGUACAGCUUCGUUGCCACUGCCAGCAAUGCAGAGAAAGCGGCGCGCACGAAGCUGUGGUGCAUCCAGUAGGAAGGACCUAUAUUCCUCUAUGGCCCUCGCCGCCGCUAUUCCCCAGCACUGGGUUGGUGGAAUAGCCCAAGGCGGGCCCCCCUCGAAAGGGAGAGGAAACAUCAGCUCGUUCUGAGAGAAUCGGAGGCCUUGAUACGUCAGUUACGUCUGUAACUCUAGUAUUCCGGCCCUCCGUGAACGCAGCACGGUUUUGAGCUGCACUGACUGAGGUAUUAACCUGAGACAGAGCGCCCUCCCCAGAUAGCAAUUGCGUCAUCAUGUCAUUGUCUGACUGAGACUGCUGUUUGCCAUGAGAUCCGUCCACUGCAGUACUCAACAGAGUCUGGAAAGUGUGGUCUCUAACUGGUACCACAAGGUGGCGCCACAAUACCUCUUUUUCACUGGUCUCAUGAGGCUGCUCAACAGCACACUCUAGGUGUGGUGAGCUGCACUCAGAGUAGUGGGCAUUGUUACGUUCUGAAUUAACCGGGGGCGCCCAUACAUUGGUUACACCUGUAACUCUAGUAUUCCGGCCCUCCGUGAACGUUGCACGGGUCUGAACUGCGCUGGCUGAGGCGUUAGCCUGAAGCAAGGCGUCAUUCCCAGCUAGCGGCUGCGUCUUCAUGUCAUAUUUAGACUGAGACAGCUGCCUGCUAUGUGAGACCUUUACUACAGAGCUCCUAGGAGUCUGUAGUAAAAUAUCUUUAUUAGGUGAGCUAAGGCUACGCCUUGCUACCUUUUUCUCUUUCCUCUCCUGAGUGUGUUCAACUACGCACCCUUGGUGGGUUGAGCUACACUCAGGAUGGUGAGAGAAAUUCAUAGGACGUGAAGUACUCUGCAAUGUGUCAUGGAAAAAGGGCUCUUUUGUGACAAUGUCAGUGGGAGCCAACUCUUUAUUCACAUAACAACAAUAAACAUUUCCCUCCAUGCCCUGAACAGUAGGGUGGGGGGGAACAGUGGGCUCUGUCGCGUCCAGCGCCGAGCCGUCAUCCGUCCUCUCCCCCUCGUCCCGUCAUUGACGCCGUCGUUUCUGGCUGACCUUCUGGUGUUGCCAGGACGGUUUUGUGACGACCUCUCUCGCCGGCGGAAUCGUCGCCACCACCGUCAUCGCUGGAGGGGCCGAGCCCGCUCGCCUGCUGUCGGUGGUAGGCGCCUGUCGCCUGGCCCGUCGCCUCCCUGUAGUUCUACUGGGGGCGUUAGAGGUUGACGGGUUAGUUGAGGCCCUGCUAAACCAAUGGCAGGUGUUUAGCCAGGUGCUUUCUCUCUUCGUCUAGCUUACCAAAACGUUCCGUCGCCUCCUUAACGGCGACCCCAAAGAGGCCCUCGCUAGAGACGGGAGCGUUUAGCAGCGAGGCUCUGUCCGUCUCCUUCAUGGCUGUCAUUGACAGCCAGAGGUGACGUUCCAUGACCACCGAGGUGGCCAUGGACCGGCCUGCGCAUAUCGCUGACGCCUGUGUCAAAUGAAGAAUAGCGGCAGAAAUCCUGGACGCCUCUUCAAUCUCCUCGCUGGUCAACUCAGACCUACCCGUUGUUAGACGGGAUAGGGAGGCCGCGAGGAGGGCGAUGUUGUUAGCCGCUGACACAGCCUGGGCUCCCAGUGUAAAGGACUUCUCAGCCAGCUGUGCUGUGAGUCUGUCCUUUUGUGCUGGCAAGGUGGCUUUCUUGGAGGCCGCCCAGGGACUCGAACCCGGCACUAGAUACGCCGCCAUGGCGCUCUCGAGCCUAGGGAUUCCCUUAGCAGCCCACUCACGUCCAGCCAUUCUCGUGAAUGGGGUGUACACUUUGGCCGGCGAACGCGCCGCCAGGGGUGUAUCCCACGAGCCCUCGACAUAUUUUCAGAGGGAAGGCAUAGCAGGAGCCAUCGGCUCAGCUGCCUUCCUCGGUCUAGAGUAGGGGCCGCCCUCCAUCAUGUCGACCUCCACAGGGGGGGGAGCAGGGGGCAGCGCUAUCUCGAGUCGAUUGGCGGCUCUCUCAAUGAGUUCGGGAAAGUCCGCACGCAGAGAGGCCGCUGCGAAGGACAGGGCUGCUGACGUAACAGAGCCCGUGUCGUCAUCGCACAAGGAGCCUUCAGAUCUCACACUCCCCAAAGGGAAGGGGGUCUUGAAGGUUGGCGCCAGAGGGUCGGAUUGUUCCAUUGGAACAUCCAUCUCUGCGUCUCUCUCCUUGUCAUCCCCUGAGCCAGCACUGUCCGACGACGCCUCUGAAGCAGAGGCGAGAAGAGACAGUACAUCCUCUAGGGGGAUAUCCUCCCUAAAGAACGCCCAACGCUGCUUCCUCACCUUCAUAGGAAGGAGGGCGCAGGAGGCGCAAUUAGGGGGAUUGCCGGUCCCUUCCUUGGCAUGCUGCGGCCCCAAACACACGAAACAAAGGUCGUGGGGGUCCGCAGAUGCCAUGGAGGAGCAUCGGCACUGAGCCCUGAAAAGGGCUUUUGGGGGUGGAAAAUCUCCUGGCGUGCUCAUUUUAGAAGACGUCGAUGGCUGGCUCAUCGACGGCGAUUUCUUCCUGAGUCUUCUCUUCUCUUCUUGGCUUCUUCAGUCUAGUCGUCCAGUCGCUGAAGAUAAUGGGAGGCUGAUUGAGGGGAGGCAUCCCCUCUUAUAGGGACACCUGUGCUCCCAUUGGCUGCAGGUGUGUGCAUAAUUUUGCUUCAGGCUGUUACUGCCUUAGGGCAGAGGGUAAACCACUAGGAGCAGAGCUCCCCUAUGGGGCGGAGCUCCACGAUAUAGAACUUAGUCCUGCGAGUCUAGCGGCUAACUGUCAAUGAUAUAUUAUUGUUGUGUACUAUAAGACCUAUAUAUACAGUAAAUUAGGUCUGUUUAAAAAAAAAAUACUCUCUCUGUCUGUAGGACACUGGUGGACUGUCAGCUCUCAGAACUUCGUGAGGAGGACAACAGACAUGUCACCUGUGCACCAGGCAGUCAAUAGAAGCUGUCCCCCCAUGGUGUCAAAGACAGACAGGGCCUGGAGAGACAGGACCACAUGCUGCCGAGGGACGAUCAGGUCCUCAUCCUCACAGCCUAGGUGAACGUCAAUGUGCUGGAGGACUACUCUAGAAAUUGUUGGCAUUUUUUUUUUUUUUUUUUACAGGAAGGAUAGAAAGGAGUAUAUGACGUGAUUUGUUUGUGUUGCACCAGAAUGCAAGAUCGUAGGGGAGCAAAAUGGUGUUAGGUUGUGGUACUCCAGUGGGUGACCCAUUGCAGACACAGGCACUAGUAAAGGGACUCCUAGUCUUCACCCAGUAGCUCAGAUUGUCACUGGUCAUAGUAAAGGGACUCCUAGUCGUCACCCAGUAACUCAGAUUGUCACUGGGGUCAUUUAGCCUCCCCCUUGCAUGCUUUUCAUUUGUUCCAAUUCUGACUCAUCAUGUAAUAGGCUAUAGGCCUAGUCGAAUGUAUGCACAGAAGAAAUUGAAGUUGUUAAAAGCCAAUUAUUGUUGUCAUAUGCCUUAUUAUCAGAUUUUGUAAUUCAGAUGUUCUAUGUGACUUGCACUUUGUUUUCAGGUUUGAAUGAGACGAUGUAUUGCUCUCAAUAAAGUUAUUUCAAUAACGCUCUUGAUGUACUCAUGCUUUAUUACUUGUUUAUGUAUUUCCUUAUCAUAUGUAAGACUAAUUGCUAUUUGUAAUGUGUUUUGGUGCAGAUAUGUGUUUAAUGUACUAUCCAGAUAGGAAAUAGUCUGAUAACGAAACAUUCCAUAGAAUCCUAGAAAAAUACCACCCUUCUCUAAAAACGUCUGUAACUCACUCACAGUAAAAUGUAUUGCUAUUCUGAUUUUAGUUCUUCAAUCUCCUUACACAAGAAGGACAUUAUCUUCAUUAGGAAGCUGUGUAAAUGGCAGUUGGUUGGGGAAAAAAAGCCUUGAUUUUCGUAUAAGAUUUUUUUUUUAAUCACAGGUGUUUUUUCUUGACUGAUUGCCAUUUGUUUGAUGUGGUGCUAUUGAAUGUCGUAUCAUUUGAUAGGGCUGUUUCUCAGCUUUCGCAAUAUGUACAGUGCAUUCGGAAAGUAUUCAGACCCCUUGACAUUUUCCACAUUUUGUUACUUUACAGCCUUAUUCUAAAAAUGGGAUUAAACCGUUUUUUUCCCCCUCAUCAAUCUACACACAAUACCCCGUAAUGACAAAGAAAAAACAGGUUUUUAGAAAUGUUUGCACAUUUAUUUAUUUUCAGACCCUUUACUCAGUACUUUGUUGAAGCACCUUUGGCAGCGAUUACAGCCUCGAGUCUUCUUGGGUGUGACGCUACAAGCUUGGCACACCUGUAUUUGGGGAGUUUCUCCCAUUCUUCUCUGAUGAUCCUCUCAAGCUCUAUCAGGUUGGAUGGGGAGCGUCGCUGCACAGCUAUUUUCAGGUCUCUCCAGAGAUGUUCGAUCGAGUUCAAGUCCGGGCUCUGGCUGGGCCACUCAAGGACAUUCAGAGACUUGUCCUGAAGCAUCAGUGAAAAGCACUAUGCUGUUCAUUCAGAAAUGUGUUCUGGGAAUUGAUGAGGGGGGUAAAUUAAUAACAAAUGUUGUACUAAUAGCAACCUUUUUGCUGUAGAGAGGGAUAAGGGAGACCAGAGAUUUCUGUGACUUUUAAAGUCAAUAAAAUUAAUUUGUGACUUUACAAGUUUGCUACUCAAUGUUAUUUGUAUUAUUCGUUGUCCUGUUGGAAGGUGAACCUUCAUCCCAGUCGGAGGUCCUGAGCACUCUGGAGCAGGUUUUCAUCAAGGAUCUCUCUGUACUUUGCUCCGUUCAUCUUUCCCUCGAUCCUGACUAGUUUCCCAGUCCCUGCCGCUGAAAAACAUCCCCACAGCGUGAUACUGCCACCACCAUGCUUCACCAUAGGGAUGGUGCCAGGUUUCCUCCAGACAUGACGCUUGGCAUUCAGGCUAAAUAGUUAAAUCUUGCUUUCAUCAGACCAGAGAAUCUUGUUUCUCAUGGUCUGAGAGUCCGUUAGGUGCCUUUUGGCAAACUCCAAGCGGGCUGUCAUUUGCCUUUUACUGAGGAGUGGCUUCCGUCUGGCCACUCUACCAUAAAGGCCUGAUUGGUGGAGUGCUGCAGAGAUUGUUGUCCUUCUGGAAGGUUCUCCCAUCUCCACAGAGGAACUCUGGAGCUCUGUCAGAGUGACCAUCGGGCUCUUGGUCACCUCCCUGACCAAGGCCCUUCUCCCCCAAUUGUUCAGUUUGGCCGGGCAGCCAGCUCUAGGAAGAGGCCACUGUGUUCUUGGGGACCUUCAAUGCUGCAGAAAUGUUUUGGAACCCUUCCCCAGAUCUGUGCCUAAACACAAUCCUGUCUCGGAGCUCUACGGACAAUUCAUUCGAUCUCAUGGCUUGGUUUUUGCUCUGACAUGCACUGUCAACUGUGGGACCUUAUAUACACACCGGUGUGUGCCUUUCCAAAUCAUGUCCAAUCAAUUGAAUUUACCACAGGUGGACUCCAAUCAAGUUGUAGAAACAUCUCAAGGAUGAUCAAUGGAAACAGGAUGCACAUGCGCUCAAUUGAGUCUCAUAGCAAAGGGUCUGAAUACUUUUGUAAAUAAGGUAUUUUUUAUUUUAUUUUAUUUUUUAUAAAUGUGCAAACAUUUCUAAAAACCUGUUUUCGCUUUGUCAUUAUGGGCUAUUGUGUGUAGAUUGAUGAGAAGAAAAAAACAUUUAAUCAAUUCUAGAAUAAGGCUGUAAUUUAACAAAAUGUGGGAAAAGGGAAGUGGUCUGAAUACUUUUCGAAUGCACUGUAUCAUGUUUUCAUAUAUGGUUAGACACCAGCACGUUUUGCUCAUUAAUGACACAGAGUUCAUGGUCUUUCAGACAGUUUUGGGACUCAGCCAUUUAUUUGAAAUCCUGCCAGUGAUGCAACAAUGCCAAUAUGGUGAGUUACAGUUAUGGUUAGCUGGUGUUCUAAAGCCUAGUGUUUCCAUUCCCCUUUAAACAAUAAAAGCUCAUUUGCCAACAUUUCUCAAAAUUGAUAUAUAGCAUUUUGGACUGAAACCUUUCACUUAUUCUGUGUACCACAGAACAAGAUAGUUAUGUUGUGUACCAGACAGCAAGAUACACUUCCUCAAAUACUGUGGUCCUCUGUAGCUCAAUUGGUAGAGCAUGGCGCUUGUAACGCCAGGGUAGUGGGUUCGAUCCCCGGGACCACCCAUACGUAAAAAUGUAUGCGCACAUGACUGUAAGUCGCUUUGGAUAAAAGCGUCUGCUAAAUGGCAUAUUAUUAUUAUUAUUACUAAAAUAUGCAGAAAAUAAUUAUUUAUAUAACAAAUAAUCAGAAACGCAUUUAUUUGAACCCAGGUCUGCAGACAACACACUCUAACCUCUGACCUCUAACCUCUAACCUCCUGUCCCAGGUGGCCUGCGGGUCGUGAGUGGUUCAUCCACACCAUCUACACCGUCCGCUCCAAAGACAACGCCAACCACGGCAUCGGCAAGAGGAGCCUCGAGUACCACCACUCCCUGGUCGCCACGGGCAACGACCUCUCCAUUACCUCAGAGGUCAAAGGUCAAGGUCACCGUGUGAGGAGGUCAGCCAGUGGAUUGUUCGGAGCGGCGGUCCCCGACGUGGCCGAGGACAUCGGAGCAGACAACAACCAUGGCACCAACAUCAUGCACAUCGCCCUGGACCGUACGAAGAGGGGGCGGCCCUGGGGGGGGGGAGCUGUACGCUCCGUGUGGAAAAGGAGUUGAAAGGGGGAUGUGGAGGAGGAAACUCCUUACGGGGGGUUGAAGAUGAACUGGUGGCUGCUUCUUCACCUUCAAUCCCAAACAAACACCUCGUCCUGGGCGUCCCAAGAAGAGGGCCGAGGGAAAAAGGGCCGGGAGGGGGUCGGCGAUCUCAAGCCCAUGAUGGUGGAGGGGGUUGGAAACCUGCCCCGGCACCAAAACUCAGAUGUCUGAGAGAGAUGGAGGAAUGGGCCAAUGCAGCAACACCAGGUCUGAGAGACUUUUGGGAAGAUUACAGAAAAGUUUGACCUGUGUAUUGAAAAAGGGUAUUUGGCAAAGUAAUUGGUUUUUUUUUAAAAGUUUUUUCCCCCAAAUUUCGAAGUAGUUUUAAAAGCCUCAAUUGAUUUUCGGUUUUUCUCUAAGUUCAAGUGAUUGAAAGCUUAUCCUUGAUAUUGAACUCUCCAUUUUAAGUGGGAGAACUUGCACAAUUGGUGGCUGACUAAAUACUUUUUUUCCCCACUGUAUAGCAUUUUGGACUGAAACCUUUCACUUAUUCUGUGUACCACACAACAAGAUAGUUAUGUUGUGUACCAGACAGCAAGAUACACUUCCUCAAAUACUGUGGGCCUCUGUAGCUCAAUUGGUAGAGCAUGGUGCUUGUAAUGCCAUAGUAGUGGGUUCGAUCCCCGGGACCACCCAUACGUAAAAAUGUAUGCGCACAUGACUGUAAGUCGCUUUGGAUAAAAGCGUCUGCUAAAUGGCAUAUUAUUAUUAUUAUUAUUACUAAAAUAUGCAGAAAAUAAUUAUUUAUAUAACAAAUAAUCAGAAAUGCUUUUAUUUGAACCCAGGUCUGCAGACAACACACUCUAACCUCUGACCUCUAACCUCUAACCUCUAACCUCCUGUCCCAGGUGGCUGCGGGUCGUGAGUGGUUCAUCCACACCAUCUACACCGUCCGCUCCAAAGACAACGCCAACCACGGCAUCGGCAAGAGGAGCCUCGAGUACCACCACUCCCUGGUCGCCACGGGCAACGACCUCUCCAUUACCUCAGAGGUCAAAGGUCAAGGUCACCGUGUGAGGAGGUCAGCCAGUGGAUCGUUCGGAGCGGCGGUCCCCGACGUGGCCGAGGACAUCGGAGCAGACGAACAACCAUGGCACCAACAUCAUGCACAUCGCCCUGGACCGUACCAAGAGGAGGGCGGCGGGGGGGGGGGAGCUGUACGCCGACGGGCUGGAACCAAGGGAGCUGAACAGGGGGGAUGGGGAGGAGGAACUGCUGACGGUGGUGGGUGGGCUGGUGGGAAUGCUGCUCACCUUCCUCCUCAUCAUCAUCCUCGUCCUGGCGGUCCGGUCCAGACAGAAGGGGCAGAGGGAAGAGGAGGUGAGGGGGUCGGCGAGCACGGAAGCGAUGAUGGUCGCGAGGAUGGACGACUGCAGCAACAGCUCAGAGGUCUGA